UGGCAGAUUUGUAGUCAUCCACCACAGGCUGCUGGCUGCUCUGCUCUCUCUCACAGUCAAGAUCCACGUCACCGGUGAAAAGGUGUGACAGCCUUUUAGCCGACCAUGGCCAACUCAGUGGUGGUCCACCAUGUCCCACCCUCCCCUCCGGAGCUGACCGGCUGGAGCACUGAACUGCUCGACUGCUGUGAUGAUAUGAAUUCCUGUUGCUAUGCAUUCUGGUGCUGGCCCUGCUUUGCCUGCACCACAACCAAGAAGUUUGGAGAGAGGAGAUGCCUCCCGUUAUUGGACAUACUCACCCCGGCCGUGGCGGCGGCCGUUGGGAUACCUCUGUGUGUACCCCCUGCAGGCCUGGCACUCCGUGUCGCCAUCCGCCACAGAUAUGGGAUCAAGGGCACACUGUGCAAGGACAUCAUGGCGUCCUGUUUCUGUGGCUGGUGCUCCUGGUGUCAGCUGGCUCGCGAGAUGAAGCUACGCAACAGGGUUCCUGGGGUCUGUCAUGGGCCGGCUCAAGCGGGUGUGGUCAACAUGCAGCCGCCCCCCUCCACACUAACAAGCCCACAGGUUCAACUGGUUCAUCAGCCAAGCUUCAUCGCUCCCUCACAUGGUUAUGGGCCCGUAGUGCCGGCUCCUGGGCCAGUGGCGCCGGUUUACUUCACCACCUGGACAGCUGAAACAUGCCCAACCUCCGCCCCUGCAGGCGGGGCCUACCCGCUUCCUAGUUAUCCCUUUCAGAGCGAUUUCCUCUAG